CACCAAAACGAAAAAUACCUCCCUGUGGUAAUCCUUUAUAUUUAAAAUGGUUAGAAGAAUGGAUGCAAGAAGCUAAAGCUAUCAAUAAUAAUAAAAGUUAUUAUGUUUAUAAAAAGGCACAUGAUUCAGUGGAAAAAUAUCCAAUACCUUUUCAACACCCAGCUGAAACCGUAAUUUUAAAUGGUAUUGGUCCUACAUUAAUACAAAAAUUAGAAAGAAAACUAAAGCAGUAUUGUGAAGAAAACAGACUACCUAUGCCUUUACGACCUGAUGAAGAAACAAUACGUACAUUAAGUCAAAACAUUGAUCAAAAUCAAGAAUUUAAAUCUACUGAACAUGAAUCGAAAAAACAAAAGAAAGCUACGAUACCUAAAACCUAUGUCCCACAAUAUCGUUCAGGAUCUUACGCAAUUAUGUUGGCACUUUACAAAUCUUGUGAAUUUGAAUCAACUCCAUCAAUGACAAAAACAGAACUUAUAAGAGAAGCACAACAAUACUGUGAUGCAUCUUUUGAUAUGCCAAGUGCUCACCAAAAAUAUUAUACUGCUUGGAGUUGUAUGAAAACUUUAUUGGAUAAGGAUUACGUUUACAAAAAUGGUUAUCCAGUAAGAUUUUCAUUAACUGAAUCCGGGCUCAAAAUUGCAAAACAAAUGGUACAGACCGCGAAAUCACAAGGAAAAGUGAUUUUCCCAAAUGUUGAUAUAGAUCAACUUGGAGCUAGAAAGUAUGCUGAACGCGAAAUAUCUCUUUCUGUUAAUGAUAAUUUAAAUUAUUCUAACGAUAAAGAAUCAGGAAUUAUCGCCUUAAAUAAUUCAGAAGUAUUUUUGACAAACGAUUUCAACAAAAUUGGAAAAGGUCAAUUAAUUCGAUCGACAACUUCAACGAUAUCAUCUGUUAGUAAAUCAAACUCAUUUUGUGACAUUAAGCCUGUAGAAUGGGCACCCGGUACUUUUGAAGUAAUUUUAAUUUUGGAUAACAGAGAAGUCAAAUUAAAGAAGGAUCGUGAUUAUAUUCAAGACACUUUACAACAAAAAGGUUUAAAGAUAUCAGUUAGAAAUUUGGAACUUGGUGAUGUUAUUUGGGUGGCACGUAAAUAUAAUAGUUUCACACAAGAAGAGAUUGUCUUGGACUACAUUAUAGAAAGAAAAAGGAUGGACGACUUGGUUAGUAGUAUUAAAGAUGGAAGAUUCAGAGAGCAAAAGUUUCGUCUUUCAAGAUCUGGUAUAGGUCAAAUUAUUUAUCUUAUCGAAGAUUAUAAUCUGAAAGAAGUUGCAGAAUUUGGAAUUGAUGCUAUUAAAUCUGCAAUGACAUCCACUCAAGUAUUGAAUGGUUUCUUUUUGAAACGUACUGGCGCAAUUGAUCAAAGUAUUGAUUAUUUGGUUAGAAUGACAAAUAUGCUAAAAAAAUUAUAUGAGAAUAAAACUAUAUAUUCUAUUCCAGAUGGAGCAAUUUAUCGUGCUAAUUUCUUGGACUUGAAACAAAAUCUCGCCACUAUUUAUACGAAUCGUACAUUUCAUGUCUCAUUUGCUUCAUAUUCCGACCUUAAUAGUAAAAGUAAGUCUUUAACAUUGAAAGAUACUUUCAUAAAGUUUUUAAUGACUAUUAGAGGGUUAAGUGCUGAAAAAGCUGCAGAGAUUGUAAAAAUUUAUCCAACUCCACAUCAUUUAUUUGAUGCUUUCGAUUUUUUGGACAAUGAAGAAGAAAAAAAGAAAAUGCUUAUGAACGUUGGUGGAAAUAUGAUUCGUAGAAAGAAUAUUGGUUCAGCUCUAAGUGAAAAAGUUUAUCAAAUUUGGAAUAAUGAUGUUUACUUGUAAAAAGAAUUUAAAAAUCGAAUUAAUGUUAACGUGGUCCGAUCAAUAAAAACUAUAAAAUUGCGAUUAAAAAACCUUUCCACCCGCGUAGUUUGCUAGCAUUUAACAAUUACCGUAAAUGAAAUGGAACGUCUAAAGAUCGAAAAAAUUCAUCAGAAGAUAUAGCUACACAACAGUCCCGUGAUUGGCAUAGCAAUCAGAUGAAUCACUUUGCUAUAAAUUUCGUCUUUUUUCUUUUUUUUUUUUGAAAAA